AUGUCCGCGGCGCCCGGCGAGAAGGACGACGACCCGCUCACCAGGAGCCUCUUCGGGCUCCCCGAGGAGGAUGCCGCCGAGGCUUUGCGGCGCGUCACCGCCGAGCGCGAGGCCCUCGCGCUGGAGCAGUCCCGCAUGGAGCAGCGCUUCCAGCGCAAAAACGCCGCGCGCGCCGCGUUCGUGCGCGAGGCGCUCGCGUCCACCCCCGCGCUGAGAGCCGCGCUCGUCCGCUCGGGCGCCAUCGACCGCGACGAGGACCUCGGCGAGCUCGUCGAGCAGCUCCUCACCGCGCCGUUGUCGGACCCGGACCCCCGGGACCCGGACGCGCAGUCGCUGCACGAGGCGAUGGCGACCCUGCGAGACGCGUACGCGGCGAGACGGGGCGAUCACAGCGGAUACCUCGGCGAACUCGCGGCGAGGAGGCAGGCGCUGGAGAAGCGCCAGCGGGACUUACUUCGCGAGACCGACAGGCUGUACGAGAGGCAACGGGAGCUGGAGGACAUUCGGAAGGACAAGGCGAGGCACGCGGCGAGGAUGCGCGCGGAGGCUGCGGAGCUCGGCUUGGAGAGCAGCGAUUACGACGGCUCAACCGACGACGACGGCUCUUCCCGAGACGAAUCAUCUUCCGAACGGUCCGAGAUUGUGCUCACCCCCAGGGUGCCGUCAGGGGUGCCGUCGGGGGUGCCGUCGUCACCGACGCGGGCCCAAGAUCCGGACACGCCGCGGCUGACGCGGCAAAGCGGGCUCACGCCGCGUCGAUCCGCCUCGCGCAAGCUUCGCAAGGAACGCAAAGUCGAGUACAAGGGACUGUUUCAGGUGGCUCCGAAGAAGAAGUGGUACGAACCCGACAGCGAUACCGACUCGGUCAAGUCUUUCCACCGGCCGGUGUCGCCGUUCGUGUUCCCGGAGCAGCCCGCGGAGAUGAAGAACCUCAAGCGCGAGGAGCUCGUGAAGCGGUUGGUCAAGGAACUGGGCGGCGGCGGCGAUAAGCGGCGGCUGACGUACGUGCCGGCCAAGGCGAAGGAUCGUUUGCUGAAGAUGAAGCUCGCACACAUGCCCGUCGCCGCGCGGCUCAAGUACCUCCAGUCCACGGAAUCUUACACCGGCGAGACGGACUUGACGACGCUUCGGCCGAAGACGCCUACAAAUAAGGUUGGGGGAACCAUCGAGAACAUGUGCCGCGAGCUCGCGGUCGAAAUCUGCGACAUCGUCGUCAACAAGGUGGCCACGCAGCCCACUGAGUGGUCGCUGACGGAGAGCAGGCGCGAGUGGCGGCGCCAGGAGUCCGUGCGCACGGAUGCCAUAUGCAGACAGAUUGCCGAUUCGCUGGUGAGGGAGAUUUGCGCGUCGGAGGCGCAGGGCAUCGUCGCCGAGGUCGAGGCGCAGUACGCCUCCUCCGGCGCCUUCGUCGCCAAGGCCAUCGCGGCGGCGGUCAUCUCGCGCCUGGACGGUGCCGCGGUGAACGAGCUCUCCUUCUGGGAGCCCGAGCCCGACGAGACCCCGGAGCAGAAGGCGCGCCGUAAGAAGCGAGAGAAGGAGCGGAGGGCUCGGGAGAAAAAGGCUGCGAAAAAGGCUGGCGGCUUCUUCGGCGGUAAGAAGAAGGCUUUAGGGGACGACGUCGAGCCAAAGGGGUGGUCGAAGCCCAAGAAGGGCGGCGGGGACGACGACGACGACGACUUCGAGUUCGACCGCGCCGUGUUGGACGCGGAGGGGACGACGGACGCGUUGGAUGUUGAAUGGUCCACGUCGAGCUCGGACGAGGAGGACGAAACCGGCGUUGCGUACGAAACCCGGGUCGACAGACACGCGUGCCAGCUCAUGCUCGGGGAGAUGCAGCGGCGAAGGCCCAGGGGGUUGGUGUUCCACCACACGCAGCCCAUACGCGAGGCGUCGCCGCCGCCCGGCGUGGGGCGGGGCGUGGAGAUGGCGGCGUUUGCUCCAAAGAAAGACGCGGGACCCGCGGGCGCGGGCGACUCCGAGUCGUCGACGGCGUCGGACACCAGCGACGACGAAUCGGAAUACGACACGUCGGACGAGGAACGCGCGGAGUACAAGAAGAAGCUGGAGGAUCGCGCGAGAGCCGCGGAGGCGGACGCCGUGGGCCGGGCGCAUAACCCGCCGAGGACCGGGGUGGCCAACCUCGGCCGCCUGGCGGAGCCCCCUCCGCCGAUCCACGUGCACAGGGUCGCGGCAAAGGCGGAGGCUCGGUACUGGGGAAACGUGAGGGUCACCGAGAGCUUCGCCGGUAAGUCGGUGCUAAAGACGGCGAGCGCGGUGACGUCCGUGCGCGCCGCGCCCGGAAGGAACCUCAACCUGGCCGCGGGCACCAGCAGAGGCGAAAUCGUCAUUUGGAAAUUUCCGGGGGGCGACGACUACGCCUCCGACGAAGACGACGAAAACGCCGGGCCAAACUCCCCGGACAAGGGCAAGGGCAAGGGAGGAGGAGGCGGUUGGUUCGGCGGAGGAACGAAGAAGGGCGAAUCCACCCCGGGUGCGGCGAAGAAGCCCAAGUCCCGACGGGUUCCCACGGAGCCGGUGGUCAUCGCCAAGGCUAAGCUGAACCCUCAUCCGGAUAGGGAGCCGGAUCCAGUCGGGAUCAACGGCACGGGGCCGAUCGAGCGCACAGAGGGCGAGGAGACGAGCACGGACCCGACGGCGCUUUACACCGCCGUCACCGCGCUGGAUUGGAGCGCGGACGGGUGCCAGAUUGCCAGCGCGGAGCGCGGCGGGAUGAGCCGGAUGUGGACGCUGGUCUCCGCCGCCAAGGCUGGCGAGAAGGACAAGAAGAAGAAGGCGAAGCUUCGCAUGGGCGAGACUUUGUGGCUCGCGCCCGUGAACCACGUGACGUCAUCCUACCCACCCGAGGCGACGCCCCCGCCCAUCGUCGAUCCCGACGUUCUCGCCAAGCAGCAGAAGGAAGCCGCGGCCAAGGCGGCUGCCGGCGGCGGCAAGAAGGAUUUAAAGGCGCCGGCGAAGGGGAGCAAGGAGGAGAUGCGCAAGAACAUGGAGGAGGAGGAGAGGCGCGCCUUGGACGAGCAGAACAAGCGCAAACACUCGCGCGAGACCUGGUCCCACGACGCCAUCACGAUCGCGCACUUCUUUCCGGCGUUCACGCUCGGCGGGAGGCAACCGUACGCCAUGUUCACGCGGCCGAACGGCGACAUCGUUAGAACGUCGCCCACGUUGAGGCCCAACGUGGUCUCCGCCGACGGCGCGACGAUUGGCAUCAGGGAGGUGGGGACGGGCGCGCGGGAGAUCGCGCUGUUCCGCGGCGCCAACGCGUACGGCGGCGGGAACGCCUUUUCCCGCAUCGGCGCCGCGAAGAAGGCUGGUAAGGGACCCCUGGAUGAGAUUCUCACCAUCCAGUCCUCCGAGUCCGAGUCAGAGGAGGAGGACGCGGACAAGCGCAAGCGUCGGAGGCAGCGGCUCGACCCGAGCGAGCACUGGGCGUCCGUCCCGGGGCAGACGAACGUCGCCGGUAUCGACCAGCUCCUCGACGCCGCGGACAACUUCAAGAUGGGCGCGGGUUCGCACAUGGGCAAGGCGGAGCGAACCCGGUUGCUCUCGCCAGACGUCAACCCAAUCGCGCCGGGGAAGAAAUCCACGAAGGAGGCCAAGGCGCGGAUUCGUAAAGGCGAGGAACACCCGGCGUCGGACCUGUACUCGCAGGACCUGUACCGCGGGCACACCGCGCCGGUGGUGUUCAUCGAUACCCUCCCGGAUAGCGCCUCCAUCGUCAGCGUGGACGCCGACGGCAACGUGUGCCUCUGGGCGGCGUUUCAGGGUGGGCAGGGUCGAAGCGGCUUUUGCUGGCACUCGCCCUUGGGUCAGUGGAGGCUCCCCAAGGAGGUCACCGCGCAAGUUCCGGCGGGACCGAGGGUGCAGAUACACCCGGGCGGCGCGCGUGGGGUCGCGGCAGGCACGGACGGCGACCCGGCUCGCGACGUGACGCACACGCACGCCACGUUUCUCGCCUCCUUCUCCAAGAAGGGGCGACGCGCGGUGGAGGCGCCCAAGGAUAAGGAAUGGAUCACCGCCGACAAGGAGGCGGCCGCGGCGGUCAACGCGCUCACGAGGCACGUCCCGUACGUCAACAAGCUCAAGGGCGAGAAGGCGCCGGGCGCGCCCAGGCUGGACCCGGAGGCGGCUCUGGACACCAUCGACGAGAACGGGUUCGAGGGCGCCGGCGCGUUGGCCAAGAAAUCGGGAUUCGUCAUCAAACCCGGCGAUCACUCCGAUUACUUCCUCAGCGUCUACAACAAGACGUCGAACGCGCUGCUAACGCGACACAGGCAGAGGUUCGUCACCGCCCGGGCGGAGGCCACCGUGGUGGGGGCGAAGAUCGCGCACGAGUCCGGCGUCGCGGAUUUGGUUGUCAUUCGCAGAAUCGGGGGGAUUUGCAAAGCCGCAUUCCGCGCUGGGGGACUGGAAGCCGCGGAGCACGCCGAGCCGUACUUCACCGCGCACGUGUACUCCCUCGACGACAUGAAACCCACGGUUCCGCGCAUGGACCUGCCCAACCCUUUCCCCGCGCCCCCCGGCCGGGGCUGGGGCGACAAACCGAACAGGCCCAAGAACAUGAACGGGCCGGAGGCAGACGCGUACGCGGAGGAGGUUCAAAAGGGGUGGAAAGACCCGGCGCCGUACCCGUUCGUGCUCGCGGGGGUGACGCCCUCGCUCGGCACCGAGCACCUCAUCGUGCCCGUCGGCGCGGGUAACCUCGGGGUUUUCAGCCUCGCGUCCGGUUUGAUGGUCCACGCGUUUGACCUGCCCGGCGUGGGCGGCGACCAGAUCGAGUGCAUGGAGACGCUGCGGAACCCAAACCCGACGGGCGAGGUGUCCAGCGCGUUCGUCCCGGGCAACAAGGGCGGCAACCAACACGGUGCGGCCGGCGCUUCGGUGCGCGCGCUGCUGGUGGUCGCCACGGCUGGACACAAGGGUGUGCGAAUCUACGCGCUGGACGAGGGCGCCGCGCAGGUGGCGCGGGUGACGGAUACCCGCGCGGAGGUGGCUCGGAUGAUCGGUCCGCCGGGUGAGAAGAAGAAGAAGGGCAAAAAAGGGGGGAAGGACGGCGGGAAAGGGGAAGGCGGCGCCGGCGCCGGCGCGGUGAGGGAGGGGGUGGAUGCGGGGGGGUACUCGUCGGGCGAUGACUCGUCUGGAGACGACUCUGACACGGAGGAUUCGGACUCGACCGAUUCGGACUCGACGUCGAAUUCGUCGUCGUCGGACUCGUCGUCGUCGGACUCGUCCUCGGACUCGGACGGCGAAGACCUUACCCGACGGACGACGAAGAUGUCGCUUCGGGACGACUCCCCGACGCGUCGCGCGCCCUUCGACCGCGUCGUGACGAACAAUCGGUGAGCCGACUCGGUAAUACUGUAACUGUAACACCGUCACUGUC